UCCAUCACCCGGUCCACAUGACCCGACUCAAGCCCGGCUAUAUACCCUUCGGACAAGCUAGGGUUUUGGUGCCAGACGACGCUCCCUUUCUCCCAGAGAACAGCCGGAGCGGAGCGCCUUCUCUGUUCGUGCUGUGAUCUCAGCGCUUCGAAAUGGCGAGAGGGUUGAAGAAGCAUUUGAAGAGGCUCAAUGCCCCGAGGCAUUGGAUGCUUGAUAAGCUUGGCGGUGCCUUUGCACCUAAGCCAUCAUCUGGGCCACACAAGUCCCGGGAAUGCUUGCCUCUGAUCCUUAUCCUGCGAAACAGGCUCAAAUAUGCCCUCACCUAUCGCGAGGUCAUUGCCAUCUUGAUGCAGCGCCAAGUUCUCGUUGAUAACAAAGUCAGGACUGACAAGACAUAUCCUGCUGGGUUCAUGGAUGUUGUAUCCAUUCCGAAGACAAAUGAGAACUUCCGCCUGCUCUAUGAUACCAAAGGCAGAUUCCGUCUCCACAGCAUCAGAGAUGAAGAAGCAAAGUUUAAGCUCUGCAAGGUCCGAUCUGUCCAGUUCGGACAAAAGGGCAUCCCGUACCUCAACACCUAUGAUGGCCGUACCAUCCGAUACCCUGACCCUCUGAUCAAGGCCAACGACACGAUCAAGUUGGACCUGGAGACCAACAAGAUUGUGGAUUUCAUUAAGUUUGAUGUUGGGAAUGUCGUCAUGGUGACAGGUGGUAGGAACAGAGGUCGUGUAGGAGUGAUCAAGAACCGUGAGAAGCACAAGGGGAGCUUUGAGACUAUCCACGUUCAAGAUGCUCUUGGGCACGAGUUUGCUACCCGUAUGGGCAAUGUGUUCACCAUUGGGAAAGGAACAAAGCCCUGGGUGUCCCUUCCCAAGGGCAAGGGUAUCAAGCUCUCGAUCAUCGAAGAGGCUAGGAAGAGGCUUGCAGCCCAAGCUUCUGCAACUGCGUAAAGUUAUUUUUGCCUUUUAAUUUCGAUAUGACAAUGACUUGUUACAUUACUUCGAUAAGUAUGUUCCAACGUCCUGUUUUGGUACAAUGAUAACUGCUUAUGUCAUAGCAAUUUGCAUGUUGUAAUCCAAGUUUUAGUGAUGAAAUAUCGUGAUUUUGGCUUUUAUUCUAUCUGGUCGGUGAUCGUCAAUCACCCAAGAAUGUUGUGGAGGGGACUUUAGUUAUGGAGGGGACCCAGGAAUGAUUUUGGCUUUUAUUCUAUCUGCUUAUGUCAUAGCAA